GUGGCGGCGGCGCGAUGAGGCCGCAGCAGGCGCCCGUGUCGGGCAAGGUGUUCAUCCAGCGCGACUACAGCGGCGGGACGCGGUGCCAGUUCCAGAGCAAGUUCCCGGCCGAGCUGGAGAACAGGAUUGAUAGGCAGCAGUUUGAAGAGACUGUCCGAACACUGAAUAACCUCUAUGCAGAAGCUGAAAAACUUGGGGGCCAGUCUUACCUUGAAGGGUGUCUCGCCUGUCUGACUGCCUAUACCAUCUUCUUGUGCAUGGAAACACAUUAUGAAAAGGUUCUAAAGAAAAUUGCCAAGUUCAUUCAGGAACAGAACGAGAAGAUCUAUGCUCCUCAGGGCCUCCUUCUGACAGACCCCAUUGAAAGAGGACUAAGAGUUAUUGAAAUUACCAUUUAUGAAGACAGAGGUAUGACCAGCGGAAGAUAAAACUGUGGAGUCUCAGUGCUUAUAAACCAGAUUAAUCUACUGCAAGCUGGAGCAAACCAUGACAAGAAGUUCUGGUAAAGCAAACUGGUGAAGAUUCUUGCUGAUGCAUACCUGUUUCUAAGCAACUCUGGCUUGUCAACUUGGCAUCGCUUGGGGAUGUCAAUUCUGUCUCAGAAUAUCCUUCUUUAUCUGGUUAUUAGCACUUGGGAAUCUGUUGUAUUGCAUGGCACUUGUGUUCUACUGUUGGAACAAGUUUGUGUUUUAUCAACUGCAUCUGCAUAUAUUUGGCACAAGCCGUUUGUCAUCACUCAUUUCACAGCAAUUAUUGCAGAGUGUUUUCAUAGGUGAUGUGGGUUUUGAGCAAUCACAUAAAAGCUAGUUCUGUCUGUGUUCAAACAACUGAUAUUUCUAAAAUGGAGAAAGACUUGUAUCAUGAAGUUCUGGAUAGUUUGAUGAAUUGCAAAUAUUUGUGGUCAGUAAACACCUGUUUUGAAAGCAGUAUGAGUACCCAAGUAAGCCUGACCUGGAACUGGAGCUUUAUUAGGUAUUCACCUUCUCAACUGUAACCUGAUCAUUUGGAGCCCGCACGCUGUCCUGGAUGAUACGUUCAUGAAUGCAGCCUGCAUGGGCUCCACAAAAUGUGGACUGUCUUUCUAUCCUGUAUAGUGGUAGAGGAUAAGACUCUGGCUAGGAAUAGGUGGCAUAUCUUAGGAUUUCUAAUGGUCUCUGUAACAUACGUGUAAAUUCAGAGGAACUCUGCGAUCUGCUACUGUAUUUGAGAUCUUACCCUACCCAAUAGUUUUAAGUGGAAAAAUCUUUGUAUGACUCUGUCCCUGAGUGUAUUCUAGCACACAAAAACUUUUUACUGUAGUUUUUCAGGUGGAUGCUGUUCCAGUUCUCGCUUCGGUAUCUUUACUUGUGAUGUUUUCAGUUAAGAGUAGCCAGCAACCUCUAGCUUUGGUAGCUUUAACUGGAAAAAGUUGCUGAAAGGCACUUAGUUUUCAGGAUACUGUGUGGCAGAGUCACAAAGUGAAAAGAGUGCUUGGAGUACUUGAAAGCGAGAUGCUAAAAUAAAGGAUCGUGAUAAUUACAUGCAGUAUAGAACUGCAAAAUUAGUAUCCUUGGGUUUCCAAAAUACCUAUUGAACUUUCAUUAAGCUUUGCUUUUGAAAAGCUCAAAUUUGAACUGGCUCCCUUGUUUUAGGUACUCUGCAGAUCCUGGGAUGGUAGUCUAAGUCUAGGUUGUUGGCAAUGUGUGCAGAAAAGAGAUUGGAAAUAUUUAUGCCUGUUAUGCAGAAAGAAACAAAGAAGUAAAGGUCUUUAUUUCCUGUUAGACAACUGAAAUCCAGAGUGUCGGCUUCUGUUCCUGCUACUCUCACCACAGCAUGUGGUAACCCUACCUUUCCUGCUACAUAUCUCGGAAGAUAACAAAAUAUAGCUAUGUAAAGGUUUGUGUAGGGUUUUGUUGGUUUUGUGUAGUAAUAGUUUCUAAUAAUAUGAAAC